UACGCAGGUUAGUAAGCUGGAACUCUGGAAGUAGGCCAAGGCGCCAAGCAGCUGGACGAAGUUCCUAUAAAAAAAAAGUUCCCAUGUCGCGUUUACGUUCUUUCGAUCGUAAAGAGUGAGGACUGAUCGGAGUAUCUUGUUGUUUGUUACGUUCUUCUGUGUAAGUUUGAAGAAUUAGAGUUCUGAAGCAAGGGGGUGCUUGCCUGUGUUGCCCUAGCAUCUGAUGGGCAUAGUGUCCCGAGUCGGAAAUAUAUUGUACUUCCCCCAAAUUGUGUAAGCCUAGGGUUCAUUUACCAUUUACGUGGUUGAGGAUUUUGUUUGCAGAAUCAGGGGUUUGUGGUUUUAUUGGUGGAAAAAUUGUUCCAUUUUUGUCUCAGAACAAUCAGGUUAGGGUUUUCUUCAACUUAAUUCGUGGAAUUGGGCUACCAGACAUAUUAUCUUUCCUGUUCAAUAGAAUAUCGGAGGGUCGACAUGGUUGGAGUGCUAAGUUAGGGGGUGAGAUCAAUGGUUCCACUCCCCCGUGUUUGAAUGCGAGAGUGGAAGCGUUACUGUCUCCGUGUGUCCAUGGGCAUCGCUGGGCUAUAAGAAUUAAUAAUCCAUUUUCUUUUAUAUAACUCAUAUAUUAUUUUGAAGCAAUGAAUGCAAGUCAUCCAGCGGUUCACCCUGUAGAAGCCCCCCCUCUAACUGAUGCUGCAAACAAUGUGCCGAGAGUGAGGAUGAAGGACAUCCAAGGAAUGCCUGGAACACUCGGCGGAGUCGCCUUACGCAUAUCUCAGUUUUUAUUUGCAGUUGCAGCGCUUUGCGUCAUGGCUUCCACUAACGAUUUCACUUCUGUCACAGCCUUCUGUUACCUUGUAGCAGCUGUUAGCUUGCAAAGUGUGUGGAGCUUGUCACUAGCCUUUGUAGACAUAUAUGCCCUUCUUGUGAAGCGAUGCUUGCGGAAUUCUCGAAUUGUCAGCCUGUUUACAAUUGGUGAUGGGGUAACAUCCACACUUACCUUUGCUGCAGCCUGUGCAUCAGCAGGAAUUACUGUACUCAUUGGCAAUGAUCUUAAUGAUUGUGCUCGUAACCACUGUGCAAGGUUCGAGACAGCAACAGCUAUGGCUUUCAUCAGCUGGUUUACUGUUUCCCCAUCUUUUCUCUUGAACUUUUGGUCACUGGCAUCCCGGUGAUAGAAGACCAGAAGAAGUUUAUAUUGUCUAAAAGUUGUGCUAUUGGUGUGAAUCUGAUGGUUUUUUCCCCUACUAUUUCUCACUCCAAGACUUACACAGUUGUGCAUAUCACAUAAGUUGGCCUAUUCAUAAAAUUGAAAGCAUUUCGAAUA